GCUGUAUCAUAACUUGUCUUAGCGGAGCAGAGAGACUUGUGUUUUCAGGCUGAAGAGCCGAGUAGCCGAGAAAGUAUUAGUGGGAAACAAACAGAGGUUCACAUUCCUCGAUAAAAUACGAGCGGAGAAAAAUGAGAAAAGAACAAACUCGCGAAGAUCACCGCAGAAGCUAUUUUGCAGAUGUUGCGCCUCACGUAAUAGCAAAACCGUGCGCGGCACGUAGAAAUUCACGCACGCGAACUGCGGGCCACGCGACCUGUCACGUGACCAAACCCGGAAGCAGCGCGAUGGCUGAAGCGUUCGGCGGCGUCGAAGGCGGCGGCACGGCGUCCAGGGCUCUGCUGCUCUCCCAGGAGGGGAGGAUGAUGGCGGAAAGCGAGGGGCCCUGUACCAACCACUGGAAAAAUAUCCCGCACAUGGCACCAGGUUCCAAGCAGCGAAUAUCCCGCCGUUUAGGAUGAUCGGAUGCUUGAACUUGAAGUUUCUAGAAUGUUCUGGCGCCUCAGUCGUAGGAUCAUCAGGCCAGGGGUUGUUAAGAAGUACCAGGCUGAAACCGACACGCUACUUGUAACACAACGAGUGGUAUUUUUGUCAUCGGAAAAUGUUAACGGACCAUAAUGAACAUAACCAGAAAAAUCAGGUUAUAAACACAAAGUCUGCUGCGUUACGUAUUCCAUGAAAAUUGUGUCCCCCUCAGCGGAAAAUUGCCAGCAGCGACAGACACUCGAGCGUCGCGUGAAGAGAAUACUGCUAACGAACAGGCCCUUGAGACGACUUGUUGGUGUGGACAAGUGUUUGGAAGCGAUCAAUGACAUGAUGCAGAGAGCCAAGGAGGAGGCGGGACUCGACCCAAACACCCCCCUGCGCUCACUGGGAAUGUCUCUGAGUGGAGGCGAGCAGCCAGAGGCCAUCCGGAAGCUGAUCAAGGAGAUGGAGGAAAGGUUUCCCAAGCUGAGUCUCGCUUACCACAUCUGUAACGACACCGUCGGUGCCAUGGCGACGGCCAGAGAGCAAGGGGGCGUCGUGGUUAUCUCAGGGACCGGCUCCAACUGUAGGCUGGUGAACCCCGACGGGUCACAGGUCGGCUGCGGGGGCUGGGGUCACCUUAUGGGCGAUGAAGGCUCAGCAUAUUGGAUCUCUCAUCUUGCUGUGAAGACGGUGUUUGAUGCUCAGGACAACUUCGCAACGCCACCUCAUGACAUCGGCGGCGUGAAGAACGCCAUGGAAGAGUAUUUCCAAGUGUCUAAUCGGAUGGGGCUUCUUCCUCACCUCUACAGAAACUUUGAGAAGUCCUUCUUUGCUGGAUUCUGCAAGAAGUUGGCUGAAGUGGCUACGGCUGGAGAUCCGCUCGCUCGCUACGUGUUCUCGCAGGCUGGCAGAGCUCUGGCUCGACACAUCGUGGCCGUGCUGCCUAAAGCCGACCAGGCUCUGUUCUCUGAGGAGUUUGGGCUGCCAGUCCUGUGUGUGGGCUCAGUUUGGAAGAGCUGGGAGCUCUUGAAGCCAGGCUUCACCGAGGUCCUGGUUGGCGCAGCGAGCCGCCACUUCCGCGGGUACACUCUUCUCACGCUACGCCAGUCAUCGGCUCUGGGGGGCGCUAUAUUGGGGGCUCGCAGUGCCGGCGUCUCGCUGCCCGUCGACUACUCCAGCAACGUCAGCAUUCUCUACAAGCACUGCUUCAAGGGCCACUGAAGAUGCGGGCAUGAGCAGCACUGCACUGAAUGAAUAACGGAUUUAAAUAUUACCAUGAUAUGCAUUAACACUUGAUAUAAACAGUACUGUAAAAAGUGCAGAGCAGCUUUUUUCUAUCAACAACAAAUUUCUUGAUAUUUUGUAAUGUUUGGUGUAGAGUAAAUGUGUGAAACAGGUGAUGUUAAAUUGAUGUUAAAUUCUUAAAUACAAACUUUCAAAAUUCUCAAUAUUUAGGAAAAUUUUUUAGGCCAAUAUAUUCAGUAUCAAAGGGGAAAUUAAUCUGACAUGUAAUGUUGCUGGGCUGGCUUUAUACCUCACACAUCACCUUUCUAAUCCUUUCUUGAGAAAGGAUUAUUUUUAAAUGAAAUUAAGGUGUGCCUUUUUAAAAAUCAUUUCAAUACUGCAUUGCUGAAAUAAAAUGGGGGUUUGAUCAUUUUAAGUGCCUGUCAAGGUUAUAUUAAAAUGAAUGACAAAAUAAGUUGAACUGCUUUGGAAAUUGUGGGGAUGGGGACGCGCACUGAAUACUUGAAAGGAAGUUAUAUAUAUAUAUAUGAUCAGGGUAGACAGUCAUCUGCACUGUUCCCCAUGGGAGGACAGCUGAUGCGCGUCAGUGUGUAUUACAGUUUGCUUUGCUUCUGACGUUAUGAUCGUUAACAUUGGCUGUGUUUUCCUCUCCCUCUUCAGAAUAUCACACAGUGUAAGCAGCAGCGCUUCAUUAUUUCAGCACCAAAGUCAACUGUGGGGAAAAAUUUGUUCUUGAAGACGAAAUUUAACCGCUGACGGAAAAUGUGCCAGUUAGCAAAUUUGUCGUAACUGAAAAGGCCAGGGGGCUCGGUAGCGCAGCGCGUUUGGUCUGUGCCUGCUCUCUGGU